CGUGCGCUCGGCGCCAACAGUCGAUGGAAGCGCGUGCUGUCGGCUGCGCAUGCGCAGUGGCCUUCCGUGGGAUGCAGCGGAGGAAAACAUCGCGGAUGUUGCUGCAGUCGCUCAGACACGUCGCACGCUCUCCGCCCGCAGCUACCAACACGUACACCAUCAGUGCUCCAUGCCAAAGGUGAAAUGGAGCGACGGUCAGCCUCGAAGCCAUCCAAAGCUCAGAACAAUGAAGGCCACUCAUCUUGUCAAAAGACAAAGUCGACAAGUUCAAGGAGAAUUUUGGCUUUGAGUUUGCAGACUUGUCAUCUUGGGAGCGGUUUGUGUGUCUGCUAUCCCGUCCCACCGAUCCAGCCAGCCUCGGUGUCACACGAUUCAUGUUUGGGCUGCUGAUGCUGCUGGACACCCUGCAGGAGAGAGGCCUGGCAGCAGCAGACGUCAGGUGGGGCGACCCCGACGAGUGCCGCUUCCCCCUCUUCGACCUGCUGCGGCCCCUCCCCGUGCAGUGGAUGUGUGUUUUGUAUCUUCUAAUGAUAAUUGGUGCCUGUGGUAUCAUGCUGGGAGCUGCCUUCCGUGUGAGCUGUGUCCUGUUCCUUCUGCCAUACUGGUACAUGUUCCUGCUGGACAAGGCCACCUGGAACAACCACUCCUACCUCUUCGGCAUUCUCGGCUUCCUGCUCUUCUUGUCUGAUGCCAACAGGUACUGGUCGUUAGAUGGCCUCUUUCACUACAACAUCAGUAACAGUGAUGUUCCUUUGUGGAAUUACAGUCUGCUCCGUUCACAGAUUUUUCUUGUGUACUUUCUUGCUGGUCUGAAAAAGUUGGAUUUGGACUGGGUUGGAGGCUACUCAAUGGAGAAUCUUUCUCAGCACUGGAUAUUUGAUCCUUUCAGGUUCGUUUUAACCAGCGGUCAAGUUGACUACUUCAUCGUCCAUCUCGGUGGCCUGACUAUUGACCUCGUCAUCGGAUUUCUUCUCUUCUUCAACAAAACACGUUUGCUGGGUUUCCUCAUCUGCUCGUCCUUCCACCUGAUGAAUUCUCAGCUCUUUAGUAUUGGGAUGUUUCCUUGGAUGAUGUUGGCCACUCAGCCAUUGUUCUGUAAUGCUGACUGGCCGCGUGCAGUCUUCCGCCGAAUUCCACAUGCACUGCGUCUGUUGACACCAGAUGUGGACGAGGACACGCAGCCUUCCAGCCAUUGCCUGUACCCUAAGACAUACAUCAAGCCAGAAAAUACACCAGAUACUGUCUGGAAGAGAUCAUCCCACAAGCAGACCAUACCUUCUGCCCAUCCCAUGGCGAGGCACCGUCUGGCUGCCGUCUUUACUCUGAUGUUUGUUGUGUGGCAGGUCUUCCUUCCCUACUCACACUUCAUCACCAAGGGCUACAACAGCUGGACACAGGGUCUUUAUGGUUAUUCUUGGGAUAUGAUGGUGCACACCCGGUCACUGCAGCAUCUACGCAUCACAUUUGUUGACAGAGACAGUGGCUAUCAGGGCUAUUUGAAUCCAGAGAUGUGGACUAAGUCGUGGAGAUGGAGCUCACACCCGGAUAUGAUUCAGCAGUAUGCCCGGUGUAUUGCCAGGAAUCUGGACAAACAUAACAUUCACAACGUGGAGCUGUACUUUGAUGUCUGGAUCUCACUGAAUAAGCGUUUUCAGCAAAGGACAGUGGACCCCAGAGUGGAUGUGCUGCAUGCAGAUUGGAGCGCCUUCAGCCCCACACCCUGGAUGAUGCCUUUGUUGGUGGACUUGUCUGACUGGCGGGGCAAACUGGCUCAAAUAGAGGACCAGCUGCACAACAGCACACAGUUGCUUGAUGUUGUGUUUGUGGCAGACUUUCCUGGACUACACUUGGAGAACUAUGUCCACCCUGACAUUGGCAAUGCCAGCAUUUCAGUGCUACGGGGCAAGGUGAUGGUGGAGGUAGUACCAGAUGACAGCACGGACACAUCUGAAAACAUAACCCUUCACGAAGGGCAGACAAUGCAGAUUCCUGCAGGGAGAUUCCACACUGUGCACACUGUGUCCACUGAACCUUCUUGUUACAUGUACAUCUUUGUCAACACCACUGAAGUUCACUUCUUGGAGAGGCUAAAAGAGUUUGAGCUGUCGUUGAACGGUUCUACAGCUCGGGACCAAGUUCCAGAGAAGUUCCAGAAGGAUCCGAUGCUGGAGAAGUACCAGCAGAUGCUGGCAAUCAAGGAGCAGGAGCAGCGUCUGAAACAGAGAACAGUCCUGGAGAGGGCAGCUACCUUCCUGCAGCUCAAAUACGACAUGUUCAGUCGCAGUUUUCACCUCAUUGUGGGAGCUGUCCAGAGCAUCGUCACUGACACACCAUUCCAUGAUUUCCUGCGUGAGCUCAACUCAGCCGGCACACCAGCCGCCUCACCCCGGCACUAG